CAAAAAAAAACAUAAAUGUCUUCUGAGUCACCGUUUUCGCGUGUCACUUUGUUGGUGACCCAAGAGACAUUUACGAUGACUCAGGACACUUUUUCCAUACAUUUUUAUAUUUUUUUUCCUUUGUAUUGCAAUUAUUAAUUCUGUAAUAUAAAAUAAUAUGACCUGUUAUCACUUUGCUGGUGAGUAGAAAUGGACUUGAUAAUUUAAUUUCUUGUUUUUUGCCUUGAUAUUUUUCGAUACUAGUUUGACAUACUGCAUGCAACCCCAACGUUAAUAAACACGUAACUUUUAGAAAAAGCUUUGGCCCACUAACUCUCAGCUUGUGAUUAUCAAAUUAUAUUAGAUAUUCACGUAUAAGCCCCAAAUUAAUGAAAAUGUCUCUUCAAAAACUAAACUUGUCUCUGAGAAAACUACGAUUUUCCAAAAAUUAACGUACAUUGCGCAUUUUUUUGAAGGAGAGGAAUUAAUAAACUAAUAUGCGUGUACGCGUUUUUUAUGUAAUAUUGAAACUUUUCGUGGAUUUUUGUUCAUUAGUGACCCAGGAGAAGUAUUGAUUGCUGUUAUGGAAAAUCAAACAGGAUCUCUUAAUUUUUAAGUUAUCAGAAGGAAAGCGUUUGUGUUCUUAAAACAUAGUAGAGCACCAUUUCCUUCAUUUGAUUAAAUGAAAUUUUAUUAGAUAAAUCGCGGGUAACCCAGGGAUCACGUUUUGAGUCAUCGUAACAUACUGCAACAGUAACAAUUGUCAAAAUAAUGAAUAUAUGCACGGCGCGUAAUUGCAUAUAAAUAAAACUAGAUUUUUAGUUUUACGUCAAAUAAAUAAAAACAAUUAAAAAUUCAUUCUCAAUGACAUUAAAAAGUUGAUCGACCCAAUUGCUUAAAAAGUUCAAACUUUUCAAGCUGCCGCCCCCCUCUAAGAUUUCUCACUUAUGAUUAUUCUACACGUAGUGUCUAAAAUACCCUUUAUUAUAUUCUGCAUAUUGUGACGAACGGUCAACAAUGGAACGUUACACUGAGCAAGUUCUGACAUGCUCUUAACCGUUUUUUUUAAUUUAUCCUAAUAAUCGUUAUAAGCAAUGAUCUGUGAAAAACACUGAUUAAUCAACAAGCAAAGCCGGACAGUUAUUUUACGUCAAGAAAUAAUGGAAUUAAGACUAAUAAUCAUAUGUGGCUUAAAAUUUGUAAUUGGAAAACAAGAAGGUUUCAUAGUCGGAGGUGCUUAUGUUGAUUCUCUUAAAGAUUUCCCUCAUGUUGUUGCUUUGUCGACCAUCUAUCAUACUUUUAGUGAAGAAGAAGGUCAGACGACAGAGAAUAAUUUUUGUGGAUCGUCCAUAUUGAACCAAAAGAUUUUGUUAACUGCCGCCCACUGUCUUGAUGAUGUCGUGAAAGUAACAGCAUUUUCGGGAAGCGUAGACUGGAAGAAGGGAAAACUACAUCGCAUUGACCGAUACCAGCGGCACAAACAAUGGGAUCCAAAAACUAUCAUUAAUGAUAUAGCCUUAGUUAGGCUGAAGAAACCGUUGUCAUUCGGAGAGACAGUGAAGAGAGUGAUAUUAAUGAAGAACCCGCCAAAAGCAAAAAUAGCGGAAUUGACUGGUUGGGGCGUAACUGACGUAGUGUACUACAAGCAAUCAAGUAUACUUAAGCACACAAAACUAAAGCUAUGGACUUUAAAAGAGUGCAGAAAAGUCUUGUCAAUGGCACCCAAUGGAACCAUUUGCGGCGGCGAGAAAAACGCCAAGAAAAAUUUCGCUUUUUAUGGAGAUUCUGGCGGUGGACUCCUAGUUAACAAAAAUAUAAUUAUUGGGAUUGUCUCCUUUGGAGACCAAAAACCUGCGCGCAGUCUGGGGGUCUACACGGACGUCUCAUACUUCUACGAUUGGAUUUUGGUCCAAUCGAGACGAUUGGAAUGCUCUCCAUAAAGAAAAAGAAGAAAAGUGUAGAGGAGACUCUGGCAGCGGCCUGCUAGUUCAAGAGGACAUAAUAAUCGGCUUCGCCUCCUACAAGGACACCAGCAUCCCCCGCAGCUUGGUGGUCUACACGAGCGUCCCAAAUUUCAACAAUUGGGUUAAGCGCGUGUCAAAACAAUUAAAUAUCUCUUAAUAAAUAAAAACUCAAAA